GAAGCCUUGAUGAGGGCUGGAGCCUGGAGAUAAGGUUCCGGGUUGUCAGAAGAGGCUCGAGAUGAACCAAGAACAAGGUGCAGCAACGAUCGAAGCUACGCUCUCUACUCGCGUCAAUCAGCUCAUGCCAUCAAUCCAUCACCACUAAGAGCGGCACCUGUUGCUGCUGCACUGCCAGAGUGCCAGAGGUCGUAGCUAGGAUCAGCAAUGCUUUUCCCUCCGCCGCCUCCGAUGCCCACGCUGAGCAAGUGCUGCCGCUGCCGCUGCUCGUCGCCGUCGCCGAAGCUGCAGCGACCUGCGGAGACCGGGAAGAAGCCUACCUAGCAGGCGGCGGAGCGAUGAUGCUUAUCACAAGGAGAGCCCACGCCGCAUCCCUCCUCCUCGGCCUCGCGGCCAUGGCGGUGGCGGCGCCGGCGCCGGCCAGGGCGGACGAUGGGAGCAACGGCGGCGGCGGCGGCGGCGAGGAGGAGGAGGGCGUCCUCGGCGCCAUCAAGUCCAUCUUCGACCCGAACGAGAAGACCAAGGCCGGGAAGGUGCUCCCCAAGGCGUACCUGAAGGCCGCCAGGGAGGUGGUGCGCACGCUCCGGGAGUCGCUGGAGGAGGACGACGGCGGCGACAUGGCCAGGUUCCGGCGGAACGCCGACGCCGCCAAGGAGUCCAUCCGGGAGUUCCUGGGCGGGUGGAGAGGCCAGCAGGCCGUCGCCGCCGAGGAGUCGUACGUCGCGUUGGAGAAGGCGAUCAGAUCACUGGCGGAGUUCUACUCCAAAGCAGGGCCCUCCGCUCCGCUCCCACUGGAUGUCAAGAACAAGAUCCUCGAUCACCUCAGUACAGCGGACGCCUACCUGUAGAUUUUUGCUUUCCACAAACAUUGCUCGUGCACAUCUCAACGAUGAGGAAGAAAUGAUUCUGCUCCAGUAUUUCGUUCUUUUUUUACCUGCAAAGCCCGUUUCACCCAAACAAUAAACACAUCCAUGCACGAUGCCCAGACAUUUUAGCCGGGCAUCAUGGCAUGGUGUAUGCA